AUGUUUAUAGCAAAUUAUUUUGAUCGAAGAGAUAAAGAUAAUGAAAAAGAAGAAGAAAAAAAUGAAAAUGAUGAAUAUAAAAGAAAUAAUAUAGAGAAAUUAUUAAAAAAUAUUAUAAUUCUAAAAACGGAUAAAACAAAUUUAGUGAAAAAUGAAAAUAGAAAAGAAUAUAUAAAAGAAAAGUUGUCAAAUGUUUUAAAGAAAGCAUUAAAAAAAAAAAAAAAUAAAGACAAUGUGGGAAAGAAUGACGAUGGGAAAAAAGAAGGAGAUUUUUAUAAUAAGAUAAAUUGGGAUGGAAUAUAUAUUAAGGAUAAAGAAGAAAGUAACAUUGAAACAAUUUUAAAAAAAAAUAAAAAAUUAAACUAUUGUGCAGAAAAUAUAUUAUUAUUAGGUAGUUAUUUAGAAUAUGAUAAAUUAAAGGAAAUAAAUAUACAAGAUAUAUAUAAAGUAAUUGAUAAAUAUAUUUAUGAAAAUGAAUUAGGAAUUGACGAAAUUAAAGUAAAGUUAGAAGUAAAAAUACAAAAAGAACUAACAACAGAAAAAGAUAAUUUAUAUAACAUUAUCAAUAUAAAAAAAGAAUUAGCAGAUAUCAACAUAUUGGAAGAAGGAAGUAGUACUAAUUCUAUUGAGUAUAUAUUGAAUGAAACGAAAAUAAUAAAAAAAUUAAUAAAACAAAAGGAUUAUCUUAUAUGUGUAAAAGACACAUUAUUAAAACUAGAAAAUGCUAAGAAAUUUGCAGUUAAUAGAAAAUAUGAAGAGUUGUUAUAUGUUCUUUUAGAUAUAGUUAAACUAUUGCAUAUAUUUAAAAAAAAUUUCAAAGAACAAAUUAUUAAAGGAAUAAAGUUCUUUAUUCCUCUUUUAUCGGAAUAUUAUUUAAACAAAGCAAAGUUAUUACUAUCAUGUAUCCAUUGGGGAAAUAACAUAUCUUAUGUAUCAACUAAUGAUUUAGAGGAAUUAAUAAAUGAUAUGGAUAGUGAUGAUGAGAAUUUUCUAAAUAUUGUAACUGAAGAUAAGAUGAAUAAAAAAGUAUUUAAAGAAACUAACGAUAUGGUUAAUGUCGAGAAUUCAAUCAAUAAAAAUGAUUUACUUAAUAAUAACGAAGAAAUAAAUAAUAUAUAUGUAAAUCAAAAAUCGUUUAAAGAAAAAAUUAAAAAUUCUAUUGUUUUUGAUAAUACAUAUGUGUCAUUAAUAAAAAAAGAAAGUUCAGAAUUUGUUAAUAUUUUAAUAAGUUGGAAUAUAAUCGGAAAAAUUGAUAAUUAUCUGAAAAAAGAAAUAAACAGUAGUGAAGAAUUUUCCUUUUGCGAAAAAGAUUACUUAGUUCCUUAUACUAACGAAUUAACUAGUAAUAUAAUUUAUUAUUUUCGAUCAUUUUUUCAAAAUGAUAAAAGCCCAUUAUUUAAAUUUGAUAAGCCAGAAUGGGGUCUAAAAUAUUUAUUUUAUCAAUCAGUUAUAAGUAAUUCUAUAUUAAAAAUGCUUUUAAAUUUUGCUCAAAAAAAUGAUCUCAAAAAUAAUAUAUUAUUACAUAAUGCAUUGCAAGAUAUUUUCAUAUCUAAUAAUAAAUAUAAUAAAAAUAAUGGAGAUAAUAGUAAUAAUUAUAACGGUAAUAAUAUGAAUUUACUGAAUAAAACUGAUAUUGAAAAUUUAAAUUCAAAAAAUCCCAAGGAGGACAAUAACAUGAAUAUAAAAAGCAAAAUGGAAGAAAAACAGAAUAAAAUAAAUUUAAAGGAUAUCAUGACAAAAAAUGAAAAAAUCCAAAAUUUAGAGAAUGAAAAUAAUAGAGACUUAAUUAAAUAUUAUGACAAUUGUAAUACUAUGAAUGAUGAUGAAAAAGAAAGUCUAUUAUAUGAAUUAACAAAUUACGAAGCUAUUCUAGAAAAAAUAAACUAUAAGAUUAUAUUGGAAUGUAGAUUAUAUAUAUUAAGUAGAAUUUCAUACUUUAUUCAUUUAUAUAAUUUUCAAGAAGAUAAAGAAAAUACAAAGAAGGCAUUUCUAAAUUUUAUGCAUCAUAUAAUUAUGAUAUAUAAGAAAUGGUUUUUAUAUGAUAAUGUAAACUGUAAGUAUUUAUUAGAAGACUUUUUUAACAACUCAUAUAUUGAAUUCAUAGAUACAGAGGAAUCAUCUAAUAAGGAAAAUCUAGAAUAUGAAGAUACAAAUGAAAAUAUAUUAAAGGAAGAAAAAAAAAAUGAAAAUUCUAAAUUAAAAAGUGAAAGUUUCAUGGAGAUGAAAGGUAUUUAUAUGAGAGAUUUUUUUAUUUUAAUAGAAAGGGAAUUUCUUGUUGAUAUAUUAAAAGAAAUGUCAAAUGAUAAAUGUUGUAUAAAUUUAAAAAAUAAUAUAGUUUUAGAGGACAAUGAUUGUGUAAAUGAGUAUGGUCAUAUUUUUAUUGAAAUAUUAAAGAAAAUAAAUAAUAGAAUUGUAUGCUUUAAAGAAAAUGAAUAUUUUUUAGAAGAAUACUUUAAUAAUGUAGUAAAAAAAUUAUUAAUUAUUGUGAAGGAUGAAUUUCGAUAUCACUGGAAUAAUAUUACGGAUUUGAUAGGAGAUUGUAAUGUGACAUGCUUAUUAUAUGUAUCUUUCAAUUACAUAAAUAAAUUUCUUAGUAAUUUUGAAUAUAAAUGUUAUAUUAAGGAAAUUGUUCAAAGUUUUUUAACAUUAGAAAACAAAAUGUUCAAUAAUUUUUUAGAUGCUUUUAAUCACUUUAUAUCUAUACGAAUACAUAAUUUGUUUUCAGUGAAUAAUUUAUUUCAUGAGUAUAUAUUAAAUAAUUUACUUAAAAUUAAGAAAUAUAUGCCUGAUUAUAUUUUCUUUGACUUUUUCAAUAGAGUCUUAUAUAAAUUAGAUCAAUCAAUUUUAAAUUUUUUAAUGAAUCAAAACACUUCUUUUUUACAAAAUGAAAACUUUUUUAUAAUAUUUAUUAAUAACUCAUUAUCAUUAUUACAGCAAAUACAAGAUAUUGGUUUUAAAAAUAAAUUUUAUUCAAUGCCUAUAUUACAAGAUAUAAUUAAAAUAAUGACAGAUGAUAUUGAUAAUUUAAAAAAAAAAAUUAAUGAAAUAAAAAAUAAUUAUUCAGAUUUAAAAUACAAAAAUAACUGGUUAACUCAAGUUACAAAAUUAACAAACGCAUUAUUAAGAGAUGACCCCAGUGAUGAUUUUAAUUAUUUACAUAUAAAUUAUGAAGAAAACGAAGAAAACGAAGAAAAUGAAGAAAAUAAAAAAUAUCACAUUUCACUUAAGCAAAUUAAAUUCUUAUUACAAAGAAGACCUGAUAUUAAAGCAAUUGUAGAAAAGUCUGUUGUAAUUCAAGAAUUUAUUGAAUAUUAA